AUGAAGACCUCCGCCGUCACCAUCAUUCUCGCCAUGCAGUCCCUCGGCGCCAUCACCACCGCCACCGCCAGCCCCGCCGACCUUCCGCUGGGCGUCGAGGUGGUCGAGGAUACUCCCGGGAACCUCGUCGUCCGUGAAGUGUCUUACGACUCCAACCCUCUCCAGAAGCGGUGCAGGGAGUGCGUGCACCUCGCCGGCAAGUGCACCAUCGGCCACGGCAGCUGUUACGCCCGCGAGAAGGCCAGCUGCACCUGGUGCGGCGACAGGUGCGGGUCCAUCUGCGUCAUGAAGGGCACCAAGUGCUCCGACUGGUGCAGCAAGUAG